AUGACUGUUAAUCGAGUAAACAGUGUGCAAACGCCACGUUCAGCACGAUUACCAGGCAAUUUAACAUUGGGAGGUCUAUUUCCAGUUCAUGAUUACGGUGGACGUGAACCGUGUGGUGAUAUUAGUGAAUUUCGAGGAAUUCAACGUCUUGAAGCAAUGUUAUUUGCAUUGCAACAAAUUAAUCAAAAUCAUACUGUAUUACCAAAUAUUACUUUAGGAGCAAUUUUAUUAGAUACAUGUUCAAAUGAUAAUUAUGCACUAGAAUCAAGUCUCGAAUUUGUUCGUAGUCGUUUAACAUCUACAUCGUAUUCUUGUCGUGAUGGAACUAUUCCACAACCCAUUCAUAAUGAAAAUGUUGUUGGUGUUGUUGGUGCGUCAUUAAGUUCUGUUAGUGUAUAUGUUGCCAAUUUAUUACGUCUAUUUCAAUUACCACAAAUAUCGUAUGCAUCUACGGCACCAAAACUUAGUGAACCAUCAUUCGAUUAUUUUGCUCGUACUGUACCAUCUGAUUCAAAUCAAGCACGAGCAAUUGUUGAUAUAUUACAACGAUUAAAUUUUACCUAUGUUAAUGCAAUUUAUUCACAUGGUGAUUAUGGUGAAGGUGGUUUUCGAGAAUUUAAACGUUUAAUUAAAGAUCCAGUUGGUACAUCAAAUAUGUCUAUUUGUAUUUCGGAUGAAUCUCGUUUAUCACGUGAUGCUUCAGUUCAAGAAAUUGAAAAUUUAUUACAAACAAUGGUAGUGAGACCAAAAAGUGUUCGAGUCUACGUUUUAUUUUUAACUAAAGAAGAUGCAAGAAAAUUAUUGCAAGCAGUUAAAAAACAAAUUCAUUUAUAUGAUGAACAACGUCGUCCUGUUCUAAUAGCAAGUGAUGCAUGGGGUAAAGAAUCAUCUGUGGUAAUUAAUGGUGAAACUGAUGAUAUUGCUGCUGGUACAUUAACUAUUGAACUUAUUUCAAAAGAACCAUCACAAUUUGAUCAUUAUUUUAAUUCAUUAAAACCAACAAAUCCAAUAAUAACAAAUUUAUCUAAUUCAGCAUUAUCAAGAAAUCCAUGGUUCAAUGAAUUUUGGGAACACCGUUUCGGAUGUAGUUUAAAAUUAAAUGAAACAUGUUAUGAGCAAAAAUUAAAUGAAACAAAUUGGGAUUCAAAAUUACAAUUUAUUGUUGAUGCUGUUCAUGUAUUUGCUCAUGCACUACAUCGUUAUUUAAAUUGUUCAAAUCAAACAUCAACACCAUGUAAAAUUACAGAUAUUAAUGGAACAAAAUUGUUCGAUAUCAUAUUGAAUGGUAAAUUUGACAUGCCUGAUGGUCGUCAGAUUCAAUUCAAUGAUAAACGUUUUGUCACUGGUCAUUAUCGUAUUUAUAAUUUUCGUCGUCGUCUAUUAUCCAAUUCAAAUAUUCUUUCAUCAUCGUCAUCAUCAUCAUCAUUAUAUGAUUAUAUUUCAGUUGGAGAAUGGAAAUCUGGUUUAGAUAAACAUGGUGUAUUAGAUAUAAAUAUAUCUUCAAUUAUUUGGCCUGGUAAUCAAUUGAUUACACAUGUGCCCAUUUCUCGUUGUAGUGAACCAUGUAAAUUAGGUCAAAUUCGUCAAAUUCAAGCUGAUCGUUGCUGUUGGGUAUGUACAUCGUGUAGUGAUAAUUCUAUUGUAACAUCAGAUGAAAAGUGUGUACAAUGUUUAACGGGUUAUUGGCCAUCAGAAAAUCGUACACAAUGUUAUAAAUUAAAAGAAACAUAUAUUGAAUUAUUAUCACCACAAGCUUUAAUACCUAUAUGUAUCUCUUUAUUAGGAAAUAUUUGUACAUUAUUUGUUGUAAUAUUAUUUUAUCGUAAACGUCAAACACCAGUAGUUAAAGCAUCUGGUAAAGAAUUAUGUUUUAUUAUGUUAUGUGGUAUACAUUUAAGUUAUUUAAUGACAUUUCCAAUUAUAUUAAGACCACAUUUAAUUACAUGUGUUUUACAACGAAUUGGAAUUGGUUUAGGAUUUGCCAUGAUGUAUUCAGCAUUAUUAACAAAAACAAAUAGAAUAGCAAGAAUAUUUGAAAGUACAAAAAAACAAGGUACUUUACGUCCUCCAUAUAUAAGUCCAAAAAGUCAAGUAUUUAUUUGUACAUGUUUAAUUAUUAUUCAAUUAUUAUUAUCAUUGUUAUGGUUAGGUUAUGAACAACCAAAUGUUAAUUUAAUACCAUAUGAAAGACUUGUCAUUGUUAAAUGCAAUAUGAAUAAACAUUCAUUUUUGUUUUCUUUAAUUUAUAAUGCCUUUUUAAUUAGUAUUUGUACAGUAUAUGCUGUUAGAACACGAAAAGUACCAGAAAAUUUUAAUGAAACAAAAUUUAUUGGUUUCACAUGUUAUACAACAUGUAUUAUAUGGCUAGCAUUUUUACCAAUCUAUUAUACAGCAUACGAUAAUGGAAGAUAUCAGGUUCAUAUAACAACAUUGUGUAUAACAAUAUCAUUGUCUGCCACUGUGGCAUUAGUCUGUUUAUUUUCACCAAAAGUUUAUAUUAUAUUAAUACAUCCUGAAAAAAAUAUGAGAUUAACAAAACAAUUAAAACCAACUGUAAAUAGUUUAAAAUUUGCAUCACAAAUACCAAAUAAUGAAUAUAUGACAACAACAACAACAACAACAGAAUCAACAGCAAAUAAUAAUAUUGAUAAUAUUCAUCAUUUAUCACAAAUAGCUAUGGCAAAAAUACCAUUGAUUAUACAAAUAGAUACUGUAUCAAAUAAUACUAGCAAUGAUGAAAAUCAAAAAUUAACACCAGAAAUCAAAUUACAACAAGAUUAUGAGGAUGUUGAUAGUCUCAAUUCUAGUACAUUAUUCGAUGAAAAAUCAUAA